UUAGUCCUGUUUAGUCCUGGUUUAGACCUGGUUUAGUCCUGUUUAGUCCUGGUUUAGUCCUGUUUAGUCCUGGUUUAGUCCUGGUUUAGUCCUUGAGUUUCCAUGGUAACGGGAAUCAUUCAGACUCAAACUUUAAACUUUCAGCGGCACAGGAGCUCAGUGCGCAUGCGCGAGUGCGGGGACCGGAAGAAGCCGGAGAGUGAAAAGUGUUUUGUUUUUUGUGUUUUGUGUUUUGGUGAAACGCGGCGCUUUUCUGACUCUUUGUGUUUCAGAAAAGAAAAGAAAUAAAAGAAAAAUUUAAAAAAAAAAAGGACAAAUGUCUAAAGUCCUGGUCCUGAGGGCGCGAGUCACGGAGAGACUCUCUGCGGCCGCGGACGAGAUCUUUGCUCUGGUGGAGACGACGAUAGCGGAAUAUGAAGAAGAACUGCGCCGCUCCAGAGAGGAGAACCAGAGGAACCUGAAGGACCUGAGGGACCCGCGGGACCAGGACUCGGCUCUGGGGCCUCAGGUCCGGGGACUCGGCGCAGCUGUUCAGACCCAGAACCAGUCCAGAGCGACGGAGGAAACCCCCGAGAGUCGACAGAUUAAAGAGGAGGCAGAGGAGCCGAGCGUGAAACAGGAGGAAGAGCCGCUCCCGGAGUUCACCGCCGUGUGUGUGAAGAGCGAAGAGCCGUCCUCGCUGCUCCGACCGAGACAAACCGAGGCCCGAGAGGAAGAGGAGCGGCCGGCGCACGCACACGGACACUUCCCCUCGCGCGCCGACCCGCAAACCGACUGCUCCUCUGACACGGACGACGACGAAGAUUGGGAGGCUCCGGCUGCCGCUUCCGCCGCGCGCACGGAGACGGAGGAGCACGGAGAGCGCAACGAACGAACGCCGAGGACAGACGCGAGUCCGGCCGCGCACAACUCGGGUCUUUUCGGCGAAUCCCACGAGCCCGGAGGCGCAGAGGGAGCCCUGUCCGGGACCGACGAAGAGCGAGGAGGGGAGCUUGUGUGUCCGUUUUGUCUCAAGAGCUUCACGAGCGAAGAGAGCUACGAGAUACACAUCAGCGUCCACACCGGCGUCAAACCUUACAGCUGUUCGGUCUGCGACAAAACCUUUAGCACGAAGGGGAACCGCCACACGCACAUGAAGAUCCACCGGGGGGAGAAACCGCACAGCUGCUUAAUCUGCGUCCGAGCGUUUACGUCCAGCUCCGCGCUCAAAGUCCACAUGCGGUGUCACACGGGCGAGAGACCUUACAGGUGCUCGGUCUGCGACAAAACCUUCGGACAUAAGACGGCGCUGAACGACCACAUGAGGACGCACACGGGGGACAAACCUUACAGCUGCUCCAUCUGUAAGAAAGAGUUCACGAAAAAGGGCAACUGCGAUUCGCACAUGAGGAGGCACCGAGGGGAGAAACCUUACAGCUGUUUAAUCUGCGACAAAAGCUUCGCCGUGAGCUCCGCCCUCAACGUCCACAUGAGGACUCACACGGGAGAGAAACCUUACAGCUGUCCCACCUGCACCAAAGCGUUCGUGUGCAGGUCGGCACUGAACGUGCACAUCCGAACGCACACGGGGGAGAGGCCUUACAGCUGUCCCAUCUGCGAGAGGAAGUUCGUGCGGAAGGGACACCUGGAGGAGCACGCGAGGACGCACGCCGCCGCCGAGGGACCCUUUGGCUGUCCGCUCUGCGAGAAGAGCUUCAUCCAAACGUGUGAACUUCAAAAACACGUCGAGGAAAGUCACACAGAUCCUGCGGCUGUUCAGAGCGGGACGGGGUCAUCGGGACCUGCUGCUGUUCUGCCUUAAACACCGACACAAAGACCUUACAGCUGUUAGACGACGUUCGAUCUGCAGAAUGAACUGAUACAAAUCUGAUUUUUUUUUUUUUUUUUUUUUUUUUUGGUCCCUCUGCUCCUGUUUCUGAUCUUUUCAUGACAGUCCGAUUUUUUUCGAAUGUGACCCAGGACACUUAGUUUACGUUCAGACUGCAGGGAUUAAUGCUCAGUUCAGAUUUUUUUUUUUUUUAUUUAUUUUUUUGUGAGGUUGUUGACAUUUUCAGUUUUCCAGUUUUUACUUUGUCGACGUGUUUCUGCUGCUGCUUCAUCACAUCUGUCCCCGGUGUGAAUGAACGAACAGAUCCUCCCACAAAUAUGAAAGAACUCGUUAAACUCAUUAAACUCGUUAAACUCGUUAAACUCACUUUUCCUUCACUGACGAAACUCUGAGUCUGACGAGUCGGACGAUGAAAGUGACCAGAAAGUUCAGACUGAAGUCACAUGUAAAAAGACCAAACCAGGACUAAACCAGGACUAAACUAAGACUAAACCAGGACUAGAUCAGUCCCAGUCCUAGUCUCAGUCCUGAUCUUGCCCCGGUUUGGUCCCACUCUGGACCAGAUCCUGGUCCUGGUUUCAAUCCUUGUCUCUGUUCUGGUCUGGUCCCGGUCUCAGUCCUCAUUUCCUGGUUUAGUCCUGGUCUAGUCCUGGCUUUAGUUCUGGUUUAGACCUGGUCUAGUCCUGGUCUAGUCCUGGUUUUAGUUCUGGUUUAGACCUGGUCUAGUCCUAGUCCUGGUCUACUCCUGGUUCAGUCCUGGUUUAGACCUGGUUUAGUCCUGGUUUAGUCCUGGUUCAGUCCUGAUUUAGACCUGGUCUAAUCCUGGUUUAGUCCUGGUUUAGUCCUGGAUUACUCCUGGUUUAGUCCUGGUUUAGUCCUGGAUUAGACCUGGUUCAGUCCUGGUUUAGUCCUGGUCUAGUCCUGGUUUUAGUUCUGGUUUAGACCUGGUCUAGUCCUGGUCUAGUCCUGGUUUUAGUUCUGGUUUAGACCUGGUCUAGUCCUGGUCUAGUCCUGGUUUAGUCCUGGUUCAGUCCUGGUUUAGACCUGGUUUAGUCCUGGUUUAGUCCUGGUUCAGUCCUGAUUUAGACCUGGUCUAAUCCUGGUUUAGUC